UUACUUCUGCUCUCUGACCUGCAGCAGGAGCUGUCUUCCCUGUGCUGGCCAGGUCCUCCUGGGGCCCUCAGUUGCAAGGUCCAGGGACUGACACCCUAGCCACCUCCUGUAGGCCUGCUCGGAGUUCGCCAAAGGUCCGCUAACUUCCUGGAAAGUGCUGGCUCCACCCUUCUUUAAAUCCUAAAUAUCGUUGAACAACCCGCUACCAUCUUUAUUCUUCCAAAUAAAAAUUUCAAUACACAAUAGAAAAAAGUUUUUUAAAGCACAUAGUAAAAAUUCAAACACUAUUAAAAUAAUAUAAAGUUAAAAACUAACUUCACUCUUUAAAAGCUUUUCAGGCCAGUCGUGCUGUGUUUAAAAUCCCAGCACUUUAAAGUCUAAGACCGGAGGGUCACCCAGGAGUUCAAGGGUAACCAGGGUGCCACAGUGAGUUCCAAACCAGCCUGCAUUAUACUGUGAGGCUUUUUCUCACAAAACCAAAACCUCGCAGAAGAGUGUGGAGGACCGGAAACGUCUGUCUUGGCCUAAACCAUGUCAAGACCAUUAGCAUCUGAGCGCUUGCCUUUUCUUGGUACCAGUCCACUCUCUCCCAGACUCUGGGAGUUGGCAAGCCCGCGGGGAGUCGUGGGGGAAGGAGGAACAGAGGGGUGUGGGUGCUGGGGAGCAGGCGAAUAAGCUUCCAGCCUGCCUCAACAGAGCGGAAGCCGCCCAGGGAGAGAGCUGCGUCUCCAGUGGUUACCACUGGAAGAAAACCGCUGCAUCCUUCCUACCGGUGGGAGGAGCCUGAGUAGAGGAACCCUGUCUCCAGCUCCUCCAGGAGAGAUCGCAGGUCUCCGUUCCGGGGCGCACCCCACCUCCAGCACCCCCAGGGGAAGAGCUUGCAGCUCCUCCAUCUCGGAGGGUCCCCAUCUCCAGAGUUCCCAGGAGAGAAGCCCGCAGCUCCCCACCCAGGACGAGCAGGGACCCUGGAGUCCCGGAAGCGGCUUCCCGCCUAUCCCCCCGGAAGAGUUAUUCGGCUCCGGGCCGCCGGGGCCAACUCGCCUCCCGCAGGCUGAACUUGUCGUCCCUCGCCCCCGCAUCCGUGUCCUCCCCACCACCGUCUCCGGUCUGGAACUGGGAAGCGCGAGCGGAUUGCGCUCCCGCUGCAGCCGCUGGGACCCGGUUUCGUAGGGUACAGCUAGCUCUGCGGGACCCGUCUGGGUGCACCCGGUCUCCUCCUCACCCUCCCCGGGCCGCACACGUGCACGUAGUCAACACUUUUUUUUUUUUUAACCUUUGGUGAAAAGGGCAAUUACAGAAAAGUUAAGCAGCGUCUCUUCCGGUCACGCGCAGCUGGGUGGCACGUUUGUUUUUGUUGAACACGUUGCCUUCCGCCUUCCCCGGGCCCUCCUGUACUUCACGUGUUCCCUCCCCCUUCAAACGUUCUGAAGAUUUGAGAAACGCAGCCAGCUAAGACUGCGACUGGAGGCUGGAACUACGUCCUGCACAGCCUGACCACCGCCCUAGAAACGAAGCCCAAGAGAUGCCGGAAGGGCCAUCUGUGAGGAAGUUUCACCGCCUUGUCUCCCCUUUUGUGGGCCAAAAGGUGGUCAAGACAGGAGGGAGCAGUAAGAAGCUGAACCCUGCCUCCUUCCAGUCUUUGUGGCUCCAGGAUGCCCGGGUGCAUGGAAAACAAUUAUUCCUUCGGUUUGAUCCAGAGGAGGAGAUGGAGCUACUCGGCAGCAGCCCACAGCCUGUGCAAAGAGUGUGGCAGAAAGAGGCCCAGAACCCGGAGCUGGCCCUGGGGCCCCAUGCUCAGGAAACUUCUGCAGGCCCCUCUGGAUCUGGGGAGCCUGUGCCUAGUGGAUCUGAUGACCCCUGUGGUCCUGGGGGGCACAGCCUGUUAGCAGUUGCCCAGAGGUGGCUGGAGGUCAGAUUUGGUUUGUUUGGCAGCAUCUGGGUGAACGACUUCUCCAGAGCAAAGAAAGCUAACAAGAGAGGUGACUGGAGAGACCCUGUGCCCAGGCUGGUGCUCCAUUUUGAUGGUGGUGGCUUCCUGGCAUUUUAUAGUUGCCAGAUGUCGUGGAGUCCUCCCCCAGAGGUUGAGCCCACCUGCGACAUCUUGUCUGAUAAAUUCCAUCGAGGACAAGCCUUGGAAGCUCUGAGCCAGGCUCAGCCUGUAUGCUAUACACUAUUGGACCAGAGAUACUUUUCAGGACUAGGGAACAUUAUAAAGAACGAAGCCUUGUUCAGAGCAGGGAUCCAUCCUCUCUCUCUCGGUUCGCUCCUGAGUUCUUCCUCUCUAGAGGCCCUCGUGAAUCAUGUGGUGGAGUUCAGUUCAGAUUGGCUGCGGGACAAACUCCAAGGCAAGGAACAGCACACACAGAUCUACAAGAAGGAGCAGUGUCCUUCUGGUCACCAGGUUAUGAAGGAGAGCUUUGGGCCCCCUGGUAGACUCCAGAGGCUUACCUGGUGGUGCCCUCAGUGCCAGCCCCGGCUGCCAUCUGAGGAGCCGUAGAAUCUGCUGUUGUCAUAAAACACUUGGCCAUCUUCAUGGAACUUGUAGCCUUGAAGAUCUAGAAACCAUGUGUCCUGAGAGGUGUAGGCAGGACUCGUGUGACAGGCUGGGGAUGGGGUCUGGAGGGUCAGUAUCGUUGAUGCUCAUCUCAUUGGAUUAUGCAUCAGCCACAACUUUCAGGGGGGAUAGAUGCUUUCCUUUUCUGGUUAAUUCUAUAUAAUCCCACCAUGCUGUCAAAAUCCUGACAGAGGGUUGGGAAAAUGCCUGGAGCAGCAGUGAUCUGAAAAAGAAUGACUGGGGAACAGCUGGGGACUGGGAACAGCUGGGGGUGGGGGGGCACUGGUGGGGACUGCUAGGGGAUGCUAUGCUCCCAGGCCGCCUUGCUAAUGUUACGUUGUGCUUUAGGAACUGGUUGAUUUUGAGUCCCUCCAUUUUCUUUCUUUCUCCUGGAUGGGUCAGGGAUGAGGGCACAGCUGCGGGCAGGUACUGCUGGUCAGCCUGCCUGGUGCCUUCCCAGUGACUGGAGACCCAGGGUGGAUAGGGAGGUGUGCCCAGGGACUGUGAGAAAAGCCACUGGUUUAAGAUGGGCAUUUGUGACAAUUCAGGUGCCCAGGGGUAUAGAGAAACAAUCCAUCAGGUUGUUAGCAGCAAAUUCGUGGAACUGGGGUAGCAAUUGAAAAUAAAACGGUGUGAUGUUUUCUA